AUGGAGUUGUUUCGAUUCUGUCCGAAUUGCGGAACUAAGCUGGAUAAAGUACAGCUGACGGCCGUCGAUACUGUGGCCGUUGUAAAAUACGCGUGUGGCAUUUGUGAGCCGUGCACGGAGAUCAAACAGUGGGAAAGUCAAAAGACAACUGUUCCACACGAGAAAGGAGGCAGACGUACAAAACCAACGUGGCUGCUUCGGUCGCCGCUGUUACGACUGGCCUUCCGUUCAUGGAUAUCCAACGGUGGGGGGAACAAUUCAAAAUUAGCGCUGCCGACAAGAUCAUUCCUCUGGAAAGUUUUCGAGUGGAUGCAGCCUGUCAUAGAGAAAGUUUCUGUCUCUCAUCAAACACCAGUACUGGAAGAAAUAAAAAUUCAGUACGAGGGACGCACAGGUGUCCAUGUGACGGCAGAUGGAGCGUACGUCAAGCGGCACAAUGUCCCUAUAACGGGGAACAUAGCGCUUGGUGAUGGACGAAGCAAGCUGAUUUUACAUAAUGAAGUGCUUCUUCAAUCACGAAAGGGUGCAUUGUUUUAUCAAGUACGUCUGAUCAAAUGGUUAAUCUCAAAGAUUUCAGGAAAUGGGAACCUUCGAGAAAGCGAAAACUUUCGGCGUGUGCUUGAAAAAUUGUCAUCGUCUGUCUCAUCGGUUUCCUCCCUCACUUCGAACGACAGCCCUUUAGUUCAACCGCUUCAAAAAGAGGUGGAGCAGUUUGCCGGGUCCAUCCGUCAUUAUUCCCCUGGAUGUUAUCUGUUGAAAUGGUUUGAGGACGAACUUAGAAAGGCUGCAAGUUAUCAUGAUUGUGAGCAGAUUGGGGCGUGGCACAAACGUAUAAAAAACCAUUUAUGGCGUUGCAUUGAAUAUGGAAUAAACAACGGAGUGGAUGCGGUUCCUAUCUUCAACACAUGCCUGAUGCAUGUUAGAGGUGUACAUAAAUGGCCGGAGGAAAAACUGACUGGACCUUAUACGAAGUGCUAUCAUGACCCUGUUUCAAGGCCAUGUCACGAGUCACUCAUGCUUGAUGGCAAAGCCUUCCACAAGUUCGAAAACAUUGUUCUGACAGAAUCUUUCCAGCGAGAUAUUGCGAAUUCAAGCCCUUACGGAGACAUCGUAGUAUACGAUCUCAGAAAGGCCUUAGACCGAUUUUACUGUCGAAAGGAAAUCCAAGUAUCCUCUGUCGAUGUAUCCUUUUUGUUCACUAUUGGCUACUAUGCACGUAAAUACGCGGACGAUGUGGGAAACUAA